UGGUUUUAUUUAAAUAAAUAAACAAAUAAAUAGAAGCAUUCAAGACAAUUCAAGAUUAAAACAUGAAAGGAAAAAUUUCGAAAAAGAUCGUUUGACAAAAAUAUCUUAAGAUUCCAUUUAUAUUUUGGACAUUUUCCGGGAAUGAAUUGUUGAUAUCAAGACGUCGAUGAAUUUGGGACUCAAAAAUUAACCAGUAAAUAUAAAAGGUGUGUAAAAAUUAUCCUGAAUAAAUUGCCAAGGGGAAAGCUAAUCAGAGAUGCAGUCUCAACUUGAAGCAGCAUUAUUAGGUCAUAGUACUAAUUUAAACCAUGACGACGACGAAAACAAUUACCCAGAAGAAGAAACGGAAGAUAACGAAGAAUUUGAUGAGGACGUCGAUGGGGACCAUGGAAAAGGUCACAAUAAGCAGUUACACGGCAAGGAAUCUAAUAACAGAACAGUUACCCUGCAGAUGUUAUUGUCUGCAGGUAUCCUAGAGCCUGGGCCUGGUACUAUGACUAUUGAGUAUCUCGGGCAAAGAUUUGUUGGAGAUCUUCUAGGAGACGGAAAAAUAAAAAGCCAAGAAACCGACGUGGUAUUUGCGUCUCCAAGUGCUUGGGCCAUAGCUUGUAAACGAUUUAUCAACCCCGAUAAGAAAUCGGGUUGCGGCUGGGCAUCUGUAAAAUACAAAGGCAGAAAACUGGAUGCAUACAAGAACGUGUGGUACAAAAAGAAGAAAGAAGAGGAAAAACUUGAGAAAGAAAGUCUUUUUCUAGGUAUAAAUCUGGAGCAGUUACUGCAGAAGAACAUGUCGAAUUCCCUGAUGUAUCAAAGGAUUGUUGUGAAACACAACACGAUUGCCAAUAGGACUUUGACGCAUGAUGCGAAUACUAUGAUCGACUGCGUACCUUUUUCCAAUCUGGGCAAAAUUCAGCCGUUCCUGGUUUCUCUUUCGACGAACGCCGCACUGUUAAUGGAUUUCCAUUGCCACUUGACAAAAUCCGAGGUAUCGGGUUACUUAGCCGGCUACUGGGACGUAAACGCUCACAAUUUGCAGAUAACUCACGCCUUUCCCUGCCGUUGCACCAAAACGGACAGGGAGAACGCUCAACAGGUCGAACUGGAAAUAUCCAAGGCGAUCGACAGAGAAAAGUUGACUCUAGUCGGGUGGUACCAUUCCCAUCCGUUUGCAGCAGCGGCUCCCACUUUGAGGGACGUAGAUGCCCAGUUAGAUUAUCAGAUCAAAAUGAAAGGAACGUCGGACAAUAAUUACACUCCCUGUGUCGGAAUAAUUAUUUCACCGUACAACUACGAGAAUGCCUCGCUGGAGUCCAGCAUCAUCGCUUACUGGGUGAUCCCGCCCCCCGAAACUAAACCGAACGAGUACGGCCGGCCUAUGCUCAUGUCGUACAGCGUUAUACAGGACUCCAUACUCACCCCGAACAUCAAAGACGAGAUGAUGAAGUGCGUCGAGUAUUACAGGAAAGAAAACGAUUUUGUGAACUUCAAUGAGCGUUACUUGGGCACCACUUGCUACAUCGACAAAUUAAAAAGCACCCUGAUCUCGAAAUUCCCUCGGGACGAAAGCGAGACCACUCUGUGGCGUUUUAUCCGAGAGCAACUGGGUAUUUCGUCUGACGAGAAGGAGACGCUGUUGUCGAUACCGAACGUAAGCAAAUCCAGCCAACUUUUACCCAAUUUAAACACCCCCGUGAGCCUGAGUUCGAAUCUGAUGCUUCCGACUGACAUAUCCAGUAUUUUAUUCAAUUCCGGGAAGUUUCCCAGCGCUAGCAGCCUCCUAGGACUUCCCGAUCCAAUGGCGCACAGCACCCUAGCGGCGAAUAACAUGUUCCUGCAAACAAACUUGUUCAAAAUGCAAGAAUUACUAAAACCGUUGUCUACGAGCAGUCCGAUAACGGGUAAAUCGAAAACCGACCACAAACCACACUCUUCGUCUUCUUCUACCCCAUUGAAGAUCCCCACGGACAUAAAACCUUCGAAACCCUCCGAUUACUCCAUGGACAUCCUCGGGUUGAAGAGCAAGAUGGACUUUACCAUGCCGGACUUAAAUUUGUCGAAGAUCGGCAAGGAAUACUCCAUGACGGACUACAUUUCGAACCUCAGCAAGCUUUCGAGCGGCAAACAAGACUUCUCCGUGCCGGAUCUGAGCAUCGGAAAGUCCAGCCUGAGCGAUUACCUAUACGGCGUGGGGAAGCAAGGGGAUCUGGGCGAUAGGAUGGCGAAGAUGCCCAAAAUGGACUAUUCGGGGUCGAUGUUGGAUUUGAGCGUUUCGAAGGGCAGCGCUGCGUCGGAGAAUGUUUCUGACACGCCAACAGACUUGAGUAUUGGAAUGGGGGAUGGCGGGACGUUCAUGGGCGGGCAGGAAGCGGGCGAGGAUAAGCCGUUGAAUUUGGCCGGGGAAUAGAGUGGGUUUCGGUGGAUGUAGAGAGACGGUUUAUUAAAUUUAGGUGUUUUUAUUCGAAUUAUUGGAGGUGGUGACGCGAUUUUAAUGCUUUUUCGAAUAAUAGUUUUCGGUGGCAUAGGCGGGAAUCGAGAUUUUGAAUUGUUUUUCCAGCGCAGUCUGAAAUGUCGAUAAAAGAAAUUUAGCCACCAAAACAGAAAAAAAAAACAUUGAUAUUGUAAACUAUUAAGUGGUAACGCCACUUGAGAGGUUGCGAAAAAGGUGACUUUUCGGGAGUUUUCAAGGAAAAACACUAAAAUUUUCUGAUAUUAUACCGGAUGUGUCAGAGUUGAAGUAACAAAGGCCUAGGGAAGAUUCUGCUCAGCAAAGUAAAAAAGUAAAAAAGGUCAUAUGGACUUAGGUCCGUAAGUGCUUCGUUUCCGAGAUACAGUGUGUUAAUUGUUUUUAAAAAAUUGAG